AUGACAUCUCGGCGAAUUACCUCGCAGGAGAAGACUCCACUGGAGAGGGACGCGGGCAGCUCAGCCAAAUCGGACAUUGCACCAGCUGUGCCUGCACUGGUUGUCUACAAGCUCUUGGGCUUUACGCUGGGAAUGGUAGUAGUGCCGAUCGGUACCUAUUUCGCUACGGUCGACUUAUUCUUCAGAGGCAAUGCCACUUACGCAGGAGGGUUGGCGGCUUUUAUGGCCAAUGUCGUGUUGAUAGCCUACGUGAUUGUUGCGAUGAAGGAAGAUCAAAGCGAGAAAAUGGAGGCGGAGCAGAAAGCGAAAAAGGCUCAAUGA